AUGGGAGCAUUAUAUAAAUGUUAAAGCAAUUAUUAAUGCUCAGAGAGUUUGAUUGAUUUGAUUAUAAGUAGUGGGAUUCUGUAUUAUUUUAUAAUGAAAGCUAAACUCAUGUUUGAGAGGAAUAAUGGGAUUUUAUUAUUAAUUGAUUAAGCGUUGUGCGCAAUAAGCAUAUUUUAGAUGAUGCUCUAAGUGUUGUACUUUAUGUUUGCAAGUACUGGUCACUAAUUAUGUAGAAUCCAACAUUUGGCUAAUCAGCUUAAGAUCCAUAGGAUUGGUGUUAGAAUUAUUAAUAUGCAUAAUAUUAAUAAGUGUGAUUUUGGAAAAGGAAAAACAUGAGCAACUAUUUAAUGCAGGGCGCUUUGGAUUGUUAUUGAUUGGACUGUAUUGGUUGUAUCAGGGCCUAAACCAUUAUCAAGAGAGUGUGUAUAUUAUUGUGGAAAAACAACAAGUUAUCAGUGCAAAGAGAUUUCGAACCUGUUUAUGUCUUUCAUUGGUUUGAUGUUGUCAAUCGUAGCAUUUGUCUUUGGAUUUUAGUGCGUUCAUUAGUUACAUCAAUACAAGGAGUACUUAGUAAGAUUGCACACCCUAUUAGAAGUUGGAUAACAAAAACGAUUCCUUUGCCCAUCAACUCCUUAAAUUAGAAACCCGAAUAAUCUAGAUCAAAAUAUUAAAACGUAAGUUGAAUUCUCUAUACUUUUAAGUGAGUGGCUUGGUGUAAUUCGGAGUCCAAUUCUGUUGGGAUUCCUUAGCGUACUUCUUAUCCUCCACCACGAUAGAAUGCACUCGUUACUUCAUGCCCACAACCUUGUCAACAGUAUAAUAGUAUUUGUUAUAGGUUUUAAUAUACUCCGUAUUGAAAUUAAUAUCAUUGACGACACUCCCAGUUGCUGUUUUCUUGGUGUGUUAUGAAUGCAACAAAGAGUACUUUGGAAUCAAUCAUAAUAUUUGGAACUUUUCAAGAAGUCACAGAUCAUUAAAAGUAUUGCCAGAUCACGAACAAUUGAAAUACGUAGAAAUGUCCGAAAUUAAAUGA